UACUUGGAAUUGCCUACCACCGCCACCGGGCUCCUCCCGGCGACUUUUCGGGCCGUCUUACUGGGACCUGGCGGCCGCUUCAUCUCAUUCCUCCUCGGUUUGUUCGUGGCUAUCUUCUGCCGGCCCAAACGACGACGCCACUUGCCGGUUCGCCGGGCGGCCACCGGACUAGGCCCGGGCUGCGGUCUCCAGUAGGCCCGAACAGCCGGCCCCUGGGGAGUGCUGUGGAGAAGGCUAUUCUGAAGCACAGCCGGGCGGCAGACAUCGCGCGCCCCAGCGUGUGGUGGUUCUACGGCAAGGCAACCAAGCCAUCGUCUAGGGAGGACGCUUGCUGCCCCUCGCCUGUCUUGACACCCUAAACCUGGCCCGCCGCAGACUGCUCCAGGGCCUGGUGAAGAUGGCUUCGGUGCCUGUGUAUUGCCUCUGCCGGUUGCCUUACGAUGUGACCCGCUUCAUGAUUGAGUGUGACAUGUGCCAGGACUGGUUUCACGGCAGUUGUGUUGGUGUUGAAGAAGAGAAGGCUGCUGACAUUGACCUCUACCACUGCCCCAACUGUGAGGUCUUACAUGGGCCCUCCAUUAUGAAAAAACGCCGUGGAUCUUCAAAGGGGCAUGAUACACAUAAGGGGAAGCCAGUGAAAACUGGAAGCCCUAUGUUCAUUAGAGAGCUCCGGAGCAGGACUUUUGACAGCUCAGAUGAAGUAAUUCUGAAGCCCACUGGGACUCAGCUGACUGUGGAAUUCCUGGAGGAGAAUAGCUUCAGUGUCCCUAUCCUGGUCUUGAAGAAGGAGGGAUUGGGCAUGACACUGCCUUCACCAUCAUUCACUGUGAGGGAUGUGGAACACUAUGUUGGUUCUGACAAAGAGAUUGAUGUAAUUGAUGUGACCCGUCAGGCUGACUGCAAGAUGAAGCUUGGUGAUUUUGUGAAAUACUACUACAGUGGCAAGAGGGAGAAAGUCCUCAAUGUCAUUAGCUUGGAAUUCUCUGAUACCAGGCUUUCUAAUCUUGUGGAGACACCCAGGAUUGUUCGCAAGCUGUCAUGGGUUGAGAACCUAUGGCCAGAAGAAUGUGUCUUUGAGAGACCCAAUGUGCAGAAGUACUGCCUCAUGAGUGUGCGGGAUAGCUAUACAGACUUUCACAUUGACUUUGGUGGCACUUCAGUCUGGUACCAUGUGCUCAAGGGUGAGAAGAUCUUCUACCUAAUCCGCCCAACAAAUGCUAAUUUGACUCUGUUCGAGUGCUGGAGCAGCUCCUCUAAUCAGAAUGAGAUGUUCUUUGGGGACCAGGUGGACAAGUGCUACAAGUGUUGUGUGAAGCAAGGACAGACACUUUUCAUUCCUACAGGAUGGAUCCAUGCUGUGCUGACCCCUGUGGACUGCCUAGCCUUUGGAGGGAACUUCUUACACAGUCUCAACAUCGAAAUGCAGCUCAAAGCCUAUGAAAUUGAGAAACGGUUGAGCACAGCAGACCUCUUUAAGUUCCCCAACUUUGAGACCAUCUGUUGGUAUGUGGGAAAGCAUAUUCUGGACAUUUUUCGAGGUUUGCGAGAGAACAGAAGACACCCUGCCUCCUACCUCGUCCAUGGUGGUAAAGCCCUGAACUUGGCCUUUAGAGCCUGGACAAGGAAAGAAGCUCUGCCAGAUCAUGAGGACGAGAUCCCGGAGACAGUGCGGACUGUACAACUCAUUAAAGAUCUGGCUAGGGAGAUCCGCCUGGUUGAAGACAUCUUCCAACAGAACGUUGGGAAGACGAGCAAUAUCUUUGGGCUGCAGAGGAUCUUCCCAGCCGGCUCCAUUCCCUUAACCAGGCCAGCCCAUUCCACUUCAGUACCCAUGUCCAGGCUGUCACUGCCUUCCAAAAGUGGUUCAAAGAAGAAAGGCCUGAAGCCCAAGGAAAUCUUCAAGAAAGCAGAGCAAAAGGGCAAGGAGAGUUCAGCCUUGGGGCCUGCUGGCCAGUUGAGCUAUAAUCUCAUGGACCCAUACAAUCAUCAGGCACUGAAGACAGGCUCUUCCCAGAAAGCAAAGUUCAACAUCACUGGUACCUGCUUGAAUGACUCAGAUGAUGACUCACCAGACAUGGACCUUGAUGGGAAUGAGACCCCGCUGGCCCUGCUGAUGGCUAAUGGCAGUACCAAGAGGGUGAAAAGCUUAUCCAAGUCUCGUAGGGCCAAAAUUGCAAAAAAAGCAGACAAAGCAAGGCUGGUAGCAGAACAGGUGAUGGAAGAUGAAUUUGACUUGGAUUCAGAUGAUGAGCUACAGAUUGACGAGAGACUGGGAAAGGAGAAGGCAACCCUAAUAAUAAGACCAAAAUUUCCUCGGAAGUUACCCCGUGCAAAGCCUUGUUCUGACCCCAACCGAAUUCGUGAACCUGGAGAAGUUGAGUUUGACAUUGAGGAGGACUAUACAACAGAUGAGGACAUGGUGGAAGGGGUUGAAGGCAAGCUUGGGAAUGGGAGUGGAGCUGGUGGAAUUCUUGAUCUACUCAAGGCCAGCAGGCAGGUGGGGGGACCUGACUAUGCUGCCCUCACUGAGGCCCCAGCCUCCCCCAGCACUCAGGAGGCCAUCCAGGGCAUGCUGUGUAUGGCCAACCUGCAGUCCUCAUCAUCUUCGCCAGCUACCUCCAGUCUGCAGGCCUGGUGGACCGGGGGGCAGGACCGAAGCAGUACGAGCUCCAGCAGUGGGCUGGGUACAGUGUCUAGCAGUCCUGCUUCCCAGCGCACUCCAGGGAAGCGGCCCAUCAAGAGGCCAGCAUACUGGAGAACUGAGAGCGAGGAGGAGGAGGAGAAUGCCAGUCUGGAUGAACAGGACAGCUUGGGAGCAUGCUUCAAGGACGCAGAGUAUAUCUAUCCUUCCCUGGAGUCUGAUGAUGAUGACCCCGCUCUGAAAUCUCGACCCAAGAAAAAGAAGAAUUCAGAUGAUGCACCAUGGAGUCCUAAAGCCCGUGUGACACCAACUCUACCUAAGCAGGACCGUCCUGUGCGUGAGGGGACCCGAGUUGCCUCCAUUGAGACAGGUUUGGCUGCAGCAGCUGCAAAGCUGGCCCAGCAGGAGCUUCAGAAGGCCCAAAAGAAAAAAUACAUCAAGAAGAAGCCUUUGCUGAAGGAGGUAGAACAACCUCGCCCUCAAGACGCCAAUCUCAGUGUGACAAUACCAGCCCCAACACUGGCUGCAACACCCCAGCCUCUUGCCUCCUCCUCACCCCUGCCUCCUCCUGAGCCUAAACAAGAGGCUGUAUCAGGAAGUCUUGCUGACCAUGAGUACACUGCUCGUCCUAAUGCCUUUGGCAUGGCCCAGGCAAAUCGCAGCACCACACCUAUGGCCCCCGGCGUCUUCUUGACCCAGCGGCGCCCUUCAGUUGGCUCCCAGAGCAAUCAGGCAGGACAAGGAAAGCGUCCCAAAAAGGGCCUGGCCACGGCAAAGCAGAGACUCGGCCGUAUCCUGAAAAUCCACAGAAAUGGCAAACUACUUCUGUGAGCCAAGCACCCUUGUGUCCCACCCUUCACCCCCAUUGCCUUCUCCGUUGUCAACUGUCGGGGCACUCCUGGAUCCUGCCUGCCCCAGACAAGGUGCUGAGGCGCACUGUCCUGCUUUCUUGGGACUGACCAAAGGCAUGGACUCUCCCACAGACCACUCCACUUGCUUCUCCCUACUCCCUUUCCCAUUUCCCCUAUGAACAUCCUACUUUCUUUUCCAUUCCCUGGAGUAGCAGGUAAAAAUGGGAGAGGUUUCCACCUGACCAGAGCCCUCUUUUCUGCUCUUCCAACCUCUUUCCCUUUCAUUUGUUGUCCUUUACUCUUGUUCCCAAUCCCCCAGAUCUGGAAGGCAGAGUGAGGAGAGGCAUGAAGAGAGCCUGGGCCCCUUGAUAUUUGGUCAUGAGGUGAGAGACCCAGUGCUCAACAUUGUCUGCAACUCCAGCCCUGACUCUAGAAGCCUGCCCACCUCCUAUUCCCACCCUUUGUCCACCAACUCCAGUGGAUGUACCCCACCUUCAGGCUUGUUCCUGGGAGAAGGCUGUGGUCUCUGUCCCCUCUUGCCAAUUACUUCAUGGAAAAGAAGAGGAGGUCCCAUUAUCCCUUUCCCACCCCACUGUGGGCCAUCUCCAGAGGUGGCCUAGAAAGGCUGACUUCACUUACCCAUGGGAAGAAAAGAGAUUCCUAUUACUUUUCAAGAUGGGGAGAGGACAGAUGCCCAAGCCUUUGACUAUGACUUUGUAGCCCACUGGAAGAAGCUACUUUUGACUUACUACAUAUGAAACCCCUUGCCCCAUGAUGAUCUCUAGGGAUUUGCCUGUAUUUUGAGGUCCUGCAGAACAUUAUCUGUAUGGCUGUUUUGGGCUCCAGCAGGUGAAAUACCAUCUCCCAGAAUCCUGAAAGCACCUGCCACUGAAGCAUAUAAUCAUGGCCCUACAGCCCACUCCCUCUACCUAUACCACACAGCACAGACUUGACCUUCCAGAGAGGGUGUGGCAGGAUAGCCUACCCCUGGGUCUUUCAUCGGGAAUCUCCAUGCUUCUUUCCCCACCUGAGGUCUUAGUCUGAAGAAGACCUCAGGACUGGCUUCUUCACCCCCAGGCCUUUGUACUUCCAGACCACUGGUCAGUGUUCAAACAGAGUGCAGAUAGGCCACUCAAGUCCAAGUCUAGGAGAAGAGGCACACAUCUGUGAAGGAGCAGACCAUCUGACCCUCUGUUCUCUGCUCUUUUCUUUUGUGAUUGUUUCCAUUGUCCAGACAGUGCCCCCACUUCCCUCUUGUCUUGCCUCACUGGCAAUCUGGACUUGAUGGAGAAUGCCUCCUCCCGCACUCCCAUUUUAGCACUGCUCAAGUGGAGUAUAUCUUUGUCCUCUAUCUUGCACUCCAACCUCACCCCAGCUUGCCUGAUGCUUCUGGGGAAUUUAACAGCUACCAUGCAGGCCACAGGGAAUUUGUGAGGCUUCCUUUGUCUUCUUUGUGUCUGUAUUUUGUCUUUCUUUUUUCAGUAUACCCACCUCUACUGUCCUUGGAAUCAGGAGCCCCUUAGCCCAUUUGCUUUUUCUACCUUGGGGACCGCAGGGGCCAAGCAGUCCUCCAUCUAGUCACACCAAAGGCAAAAAGCCUGGCUACCUCCCCCCAGCACAUGAGUUUCCUACUCCCUUUCCCUCCUUUCUACCCAGCUUUGCUUAUCUUGGGGAUUUCAAGGAGAAGCCUCUGUCCUUGUGUAGGUAACUGCCUGACUAGACACUGACUGCUGUCCCCAGCCCUUUUGCCCAUUAACACCCCUUCUUGAUCUUUCAAAGGCAGCUAAUUGCUAGCAAAUCCCCCUGAUUCUGGGACUCUUUCCCCUGUUUCUUCAUUAGAAGUUUCUGUGGAGCCAGCCUCCAUUUGACUGGGUUCAUUUAGUUUAGUUGGGUUCCCAGAGCCUCCUGUCUGUUUUGUGUUGUUUCCAUUGAAAAGCAAGUUUACCCUCAGAGUUAUGCUUUUCCAAAGAGGCUAGUGUGUUUUGUUGUUGUUGUUUUUGUUCUUUUAAUG